GGGGGCCGUGCUCCAGAGCCCAGGCAGGCAUCAGAGGCAUCUAUAAAAGGACACUGCACCAGGCCCCAGCAUCCUGCUUGCUUGCCACCUGUCACCACACGAUGCUGGGAGGCCUGGGGAAACUUGCUGCUGAGGGCCUGGCCCACCGCACCGAGAAGGCCACCGAGGAAGCUGUUCAUGCCGUGGAAGGGGUGGUCAAGGAGGUGGUGGAGCACGCCAAGGAGGCUGGAGAGAAAGCCAUUGCCGAUGCCUUAAAGAAGGCCCAUGAUACAGGGGACAAGGUGGUGAAGGAAGUCACUGAGACGGUGACCAACACAGUCACAAAUGCUGUCACCCAUGCAGCGGAAGGCCUGGGCAAACUGGGACAGUGAGCACGUCCGCCUCCAGGGGACUCUUCCCGAAUCUCAAUAAAAAGCUGUGAAAUGUGUACACUGAGCCCUGGAUUUUUUCCUGUUUGGAUGGAGACACUGCCUGUGUCCCGAGUGUCCCCUCUGCAGGGGCAGGGGACCUGCAUGUUGGCAGCUUCUGGGGGUCAGGAGGUCCCUGGGAUUGAUCAGCUGUGCUGCCCUCACAUUAAGAUUUCUCACAUCAUAAAAAUAAAUAAAUAAAAAAAAUAAAAAAUAAAAAAUAAAAAUAAAAAAAUAAUAAAAAAUUUAAAAUAAAUAAAAAUAAAAAUAAAAAAUAAAAAAUAAAGAUUUCUCACAUCAGCAAGGAGCUCUGGAAGGAUUGUUAGUGUCUGUGCUGCAUUUCAUAAAGGGUUAUUUUCCCA